AACACCUGGAUCUCCUUCCAUAUACUGUGCUGGAGAGGCUAUGACUUGAUGCUGAAGAAUAUCUUGAUGGCUGAAAUUAUGCCUAUAGUGGAAGAAUUUGACCAGCAAAAAAAUGAUGAUACAGUAUAUGAGUUCAGGCUACAGGCAGCAGCAAACAAUUUCAUUGCUGCAGCCUCGGGGCUGCCCAGAGCCUCUGGAUGUUUCCCCCCAUGUGGUUUCCAGGUUCAGGGUGCUGUUUAUAACUGCAUGACCUGUCAGUACGACUCCUGUGAGUUCCCGCUGGAUUGCCCCGUGAAGGAAAUCAAAGUAAAUGAGAACAACAGGACUCAGAUGUGGUGUAAGGUCCCUUUCCUGCUUCCUACAGAUGCAGAGAUAGUCUGGAGAUAUGCAAUGGAGAGAACGAUGUUGAUGGAUCGGUUUGACGAGGUCACAGUUGGAGUUGAUCCACUUUACUUCGUCCCCUCUGCCCGGCCUGAGCACUCAGGCACCUACCAGUGUGAAAUAUUCUCUCAGGAGCACUCACUCGUCCGUAUCUACUACUACCUCACAGUAGUCCCUAUGGCACAGAUAGGCCAUGCAGAACUACAGGAUGUCUUUGAACAGGCUCUCCUCCCAGGAGGCCAGUUCCCUCCCCUGUCCUCUACAGAUCCAUUCACCUUAUGGCUGCCCAGUCCUGCCCUUGUCACCACCUGUCUGACUGCAAUGCUUCUGCUGGUCUUCCUUAGUCUAGGGGCGCUACAUUGGUUAUCUUAUCAGAUUGGGAACAAUGAGUCUGAUCCAGCCCAGGAAACAAAACUCACCGAAAAGAAGAAAUAUUUGAUUCACUGCUAACAAGAGAAACGCAAUAAAAUAUUAAGGCACAACUUGUU